UUAUAAUUUGUUUUUAUAACGGUUGACACAUUGAUAGAAAUUUAUUAUUGAAUUUUAUUACUUAUGACUUAACAAUUUAUUUAAUUUAUUUUCGUUUGAAGUUUUAUUUUUCUUUAAUAGUAGUGCUUGAAUCUGAUUAAACUCAAUAAUUUUGACAAAGAGAUUGAUUACAAUUCAAUUAAACAACAAACAUGUUUUUAGCCAAACUAUUAUCUGAGUGUCCGGCAAAAAGUUGGUUACAUAAAAACACUGUUAAAAACAAUACAAGUGUUCAGUUGGCAGCAAAUGACCCAAACAUAGACAAUGACACCCAAAGGGCACAAUACGUGCGCUCAAUACCUAACGCUUUGUUAUAUAAUGAUCUACUACUACAAGGAUAUCUAGUGAACAGAAAUUUUUUGACAAAAAUUAAUAAUUUUGAAAUCCGUGAAAAUGACAUUUGGUUGGCAACGUAUCCAAAGUCAGGCACCACUUGGACUGAAGAAAUUUUGUCACUUAUUUGUAAUAAGGGAGACAUAGAUAAAGUCAAAGACAAAUUGCUGCCCAAACGUGUGGUUCAUUUUGAAGUGGGUCGACCUGUUGGGCACUCCAAGUGGCUCAAGAAGCUCAAGUCACCCAGGUUGAUUGCCACACAUCUACCUGUUACACAUAUACCUAACCAAUUAAAGCAGACUAAAUGCAAAAUAAUAUAUGUGGUACGUAAUCCCAAGGAUACCUCAGUAUCAUUUUACCACCAUCACCGCAUGAGCUCAUUCCUGGGCAACUAUGACUGGUCGUGGGAUAUCUAUGUUGACCUAUUCCUAAAAGGUCAGUUAGUUUAUGGUGACUGGCUGUCCCACGUUGAAGGCUAUUGGCAAUUACAUAAACAAUACCCAAAUCGUGUGCUAUUUGUUUCAUACGAAGAAUUAAAGACAGAUUUACCGAAAAUGAUUGCAUUGAUCGCCCGUUUUGUGGGUCAGCCUCUAUCGGAUGAGAUCAUACAGAGAAUUGCUAAUCACUGCAGUUUUGAUGAAAUGAAAUCCAAUAAAAUGGUUAAUAGAGAAAAGCUACCGAUAUUUGCAAAUGGAUUAUUUGAUAUGACUGAGACUAAGUUUAUGAGGAAAGGCAUUAUCGGUGACUGGAGGACACACUUUACCGAUGAACAGAGCGAUAGAUUUGAUAAACACUAUAACAAACAACUCAAUGAUUUAGGUAUACAUAUAGCUUAUGAUAGUCAAGAAGCGCAACAAUUAAUGCAACCGUUUGGACGUAUUAUUUAUGGCAAUAAAGAUCAAACUGAACUCUCAAAUGUAUAUAAUAUAUUGUAAUAUUAGUUAUUUAUUUU